AAUGCUGGUGUCAAGAGCGGUGUUCCCCGUCUUCGUCGCUGUGUUCUGCUGCUCUGGGUUGAGUGUCGCCGAAUCCUCACCAUGCCGUCCGCGUAGCUACGGUGCAGACAGCGUAGUGUGUGUCUGUUCCUCUGACUACUGCGACUUCCCCGGCGUCCUUCAGGCAGGUCCGAAGGGUACCUACACCUCCGUCACCUCCUCCAGGGAUGGCCUUCGCUUCCACGUGAAGUCUGGCUCCUUCUCCCAAACGCCUUCUAAUGCGUCAGUGGUCGUGCGCAUCGACAACAGGCAUGAGUAUCAGCCUAUCAUGGGAUUCGGCGGAGCUUUCACUGAUGCGGCCGGUAUCAACAUUGACUCUCUGCCCGAAGUCACGCAGGAAGUUCUGCUCAGGUCAUAUUUCUCGCCGGAGGGGUUGGAGUAUAACCUCUGCCGCGUCCCGAUCGGUGGGAGUGACUUCUCCACUCGCCCUUACUCCUACGACGAUGUGGAGGGCGAUGUGGAACUCCUCCACUUUAACUUGACUCUUGAGGAUUACCGAUACAAGCUACCUUACAUCCGUCGCGCUAAAGAACUGAGCGAGAAGGAAUUUAUGCUCUUUGGUUCCCCCUGGUCUCCGCCAUCUUGGAUGAAAGAAAACGGACACUUCAAUGGCUCGGGGGGAAUUCUGAAAGAAAUGUGGCAGCCUUGGGCCAAUUAUUUCGUAAAAUUUGUCAAGCACUACGAGGCAGAGGGGGCGCCGCUAUGGGGCUUGACAACCCAGAACGAACCGCUAACAGGUUUUGAGGAAGAUUAUCCAUGGAACACAUGCGCUUGGACUGCCGAGGAUCAGAGGGACUGGAUCAAGCAGAGUCUCGGACCUACGCUAGAGGAGGCAGGACUCGGGAGGUUGAAGCUAAUGGUGCCCGAUCACAGCCGCGAUGCCCUGCCCUGGUAUCCUGCCACGAUCCUCGAGGACUCCGCCGCCGCCCGGUACGUCGACGGCAUCGCAAUCCACUGGUACCGGGAUGACGUCAUCGGCCCGAGCGUGAUGGACGAGACUCAAGCUCUUUUCCCGAACCGCUUCCUCCUCUACACCGAGGCUUGCGACGGGAGCUACGCACCUCCGGGGAAGAAGGUCGUGCUCGGGGACUGGUCGCGGGGGGAGCAUUAUGCUCUUAACAUCAUUGAGGAUCUGAACUACUGGUCGACUGGCUGGGUGGACUGGAACCUCGCGCUGGACACAGAAGGCGGGCCGAACUGGGCUUCCAACUUUGUCGAUUCUCCUGUUAUUAUUGAUAAGGAAAGCGGAGAAUUCUACAAGCAGCCGAUGUUCUACGUUCUCGGCCACUUCAGCAAGGUCCUUGUACCCGGUUCUCGACGCAUCUACGCCUCUGUCAGCAGCCCGUCAGACACGGUCAGCUUAACGGCCGUCCACAACUCUGCUGACAACACCUCGGCGGUUGUCAUUCUGAAUUUCGGAGACACGGCAGUGGGCGUGACCGUGGGCGUGGGCGGCGGGACACAGUUCAUUAAUCUGGACAUGCCCGCCAAAGCAAUUACGUCACUCCUCUUUUCCACGCCCGAGGUCGGUGGGGAUUCGGAAACAAACAACGAACUCUUUUAGGAGGAUUUGAUUACUGCUGUUGUAACCAUUAUCGUUAUAGUUACUGUCGUUAUUACUGUUAUUUGUUAUUUUUAUUAUGAUAGUCGUAAAAGCUACGGAUUCGUGUAAGUGAAAAUGGCGACUCUGAGCCAAACCAUGUUGUCUUAGCGUUUAUCCUAGAGGUAAGUUGCGACGCCAAGCCAUGUACUGAGGCGCGCUAAUUCCUUUGAAGGAUAGCAAGUGACCUGACCUUCGGCCCGUUGAGGCAAUGGCCUAGCAGAAAGCGUUCACUCGCCAGCAUGUGAGUACCUCCGAUACCCUUCUGACACUAUCUUCACUUUUGCAAGCCAUAGCCAACGUGAUUUCAUCCGUACCGAGGGGAUAGAGGCAGAAGCGAAGUAAGUCACUGGACUCCAUACUAGCUAGUAUAGAGACCAGUAGUGGCAUUUGUUGGUUUGUUUUGUUUUUGUUGUUUUCUGUUUACUAA